UCUCUCUCUCUCUAAUUCUAUAUAUACCUAUCAAAGUUUCAAAUACUAUCACACACACACACCAAUUAACAACAAUGGAGGUCUUCUACGCCUCUCUCCUCUGCCUCUUUGUCUCCUUUGUGUUCCUCUCUCUCCACCUCCUCUUCUACAAGACCAAACCCGCCGGAACCCUACCCCCUGGCCGGACUGGAUGGCCGGUGAUCGGAGAGAGCCUCGAGUUCCUCUCCACCGGCUGGAAGGGCCACCCGGAAAAGUUCAUAUUCGACCGCAUGGCCAAAUACUCCAUCCAUAUUUUCCGAACUCACCUCCUCGGCGAGCAAGCCGCCGUCCUCUGCGGCGCCGCCGGCAACAAAUUCCUUUUCUCCAAUGAGAACAAGCUCGUACAAGCAUGGUGGCCGAGCUCCGUCGACAAAAUAUUCCCAUCCUCCGCCCAAUCUUCCUCCAAGGAAGAAGCCAUUAAAAUGCGAAAAAUGCUCCCAAAUUUCUUCAAACCUGAAGCCCUGCAUAGGUACGUCGGAGUAAUGGACCACAUCGCGCAGCGUCACUUCUCCGACGGGUGGGAAAACCGAGACGAGGUUGUGGUGUUCCCACUUGCCAAGAACUACACUUUCUGGCUCGCAUGUCGGCUUUUCGUCAGCAUCGAGGAUCCUUCGCACGUGGAGAAGUUCGCCGAGCCGUUCAACCUAUUGGCCGCCGGCUUGAUCUCGAUCCCGGUGGAUUUGCCGGCGCCGUUCAGUAAGGGGAUAAAGGCGUCGAAUUACGUGAGGAAGGAGCUCGUCAAGAUCAUCAAGCAGCGGAAAGUUGACUUGGCGGAGGGGAAAGCUUCCCCCACGCAGGAUAUACUAUCGCAUAUGCUUUUGGCUAGCGACGAAAACGGCAAGUUCAUGCAGGAGUUGGAUAUCGCCGACAAGAUCCUAGGUUUACUUAUCGGUGGCCACGAUACUGCUAGCUCUGCUUGUACUUUUAUCGUCAAGUACCUCGCCGAGUUGCCUGAAAUCUACGACGGUGUCUACAAAGAACAAAUGGAGAUAGCAAAAACGAAAGGUCCCGGUGAAUUGCUGAAUUGGGAGGAUUUGCAGAAGAUGAAAUACUCGUGGAACGUGGCUUGCGAAGUACUUAGACUUGCACCGCCUCUACAAGGAGCUUUUAGAGAAGCCAUUGCUGAUUUUGCAUACAACGGUUUCUCCAUUCCCAAGGGCUGGAAGCUAUACUGGAGUGCGAAUUCGACGCACAAGAACCCGGAAUUCUUUCCGGAGCCACAAAAAUUCGAUCCGUCUAGGUUCGAAGGAUCGGGACCCGCUCCGUACACGUUCGUACCGUUCGGCGGAGGGCCGAGAAUGUGUCCGGGAAAGGAGUACGCACGUUUGGAAAUACUGGUGUUCAUGCACCACCUAGUGAAAAGGUUCAAGUGGGAGAAAGUUAUUCCCGAUGAGAAAAUUGUGGUUGAUCCGAUGCCUAUUCCUGCCAAGGGUCUUCCCGUUCGACUCUACCCUCACACUACUACAAUUACAGCUUAAUUAAUUAUUCUUAUAUGUGUUAAUUAAAAAUUAAAGUACUGCAUAUUAUAUUCCCUCCUUAAUUGUGGCCCAGCAAGUAAAGAAAUUGUAAGCCCAUUGGAUUGGCCCAAUUAGGCAUAUCAAUAUAUUUCAUAUAUUAAUAAGGUAAAAAUCGAAAACAAUUCUGGCUACCACAUUUGUAAAUUAUAGCUAUGCUUUGAGUUCUGAAUCAUGGGACAGUGUGUGUCUGUAUAAUAUCGCUCUCUCUAUAUAUACUUUUUUCGCGUUUUUUUUAUUUAUUUAAAUAUGUGUAACGUCGAGAUGUUGUUGUUUAUUAAUAUUACUCU